AUGGAAGGAAGUAAGAUACGGGAAGCCGUUCAAUUUUUGACUGCCGGUGAUAAAGCAACCCAAAAAGGGUGGUUUAAAAAGCCGGAAUGGGAUGUUGCUGGGCAGAAUUACGAAAAAGCUGCUUCGUGCUUCAAAGCGGCUCGUUCAUAUGACCAGGCAAUUCAAGCAUAUCAAAAGGCUUCAGAUGCCUUAUUUAAAUCCGAUUCUAUAUAUAUGGCAGCAAAGACCAUAGAAUCUGCUGCUAAUUUAGCUGCUCAGCAAUUAAAACAACCAGAGCGCGCUGCUGAAAUGUAUAAGAAAGCCAGUGAUCUUUAUCAAGCACAUAUGGCUCCAGAUCGAGCUGGAGAAAUGCUAGAAAAAGGAGCCAGAGCUUUGGAACCAGCAGAUGUAGAUGGUGCAAUCGAAUUGUAUGUAGCUGCAUGUGCAUUAUUUGAAUCCGAGGAUCGUGGAAAAUUUGCAGUAGACACCUUUAAAAGAACAAUAGCAUUGAUGAUUAAGCAUAAAAGAUAUGACUCUGCCAUAGAUAUAUUACAUAGACUUUUUACAAUAUAUCAAAAUGCCUCAAAUCAACAAGGUUUAAACAAAACUUGUUUAAGUCUCAUCAUUACUUUGUUAGCAGCAGAAGAUGAAGUUGAAGCAAAGAAACAAUUUCAAUUAUUUUGCUUGCAAGCUUUUGUUCAAUCCGAAGAAUCGGCUAUAGCAAGUUCCCUUCUUGAUGCCUUUGAACAAGGUGAUCAAGAACUUUUAGAACAAACAGUUCGUAGACAAGCUGUCACUUUCUUGGAUAAUGGUAUUGCUAAAUUAGCUCGAGGAUUACAAGUUCCCGGAAAAUCAGAUAAAUCAAGAACAUAA